AUGAACUCAACAGCUGCUCUCGGGCUACGGUUUCCAGAUUGGGAUUUAAACAAAAGUCAAUACGACGAAAUUGACAGUCUGCCAAUAAUGGCCACACCCGGCCCAGUUCUCAUGAUAUUAGCUACGUAUUUGGUAUUUGUAUUAAAGAUUGGACCAGCCCUGAUGGCUAAACGCAAACCUUUCAAGCUGACUGCAACGUUACUACUAUACAAUGGAAUACAAGUCGUUCUGUCCUUGUAUUUAGUUCAGAGGUACUUUCGAAAUUUGCUGGACAUGGGUUUGACACCGAAGAAGUGCUUCAUCCAAGACAAUAAAUAUCGUGACCAGAUUCUGCUUGGAAUAUGGCUAUACUUCGCUGCUAAAGUUACAGAACUUCUCGACACAGUUUUCUUCGUUCUAAGGAAGAAGGAUAACCAAAUCACGUUUCUACAUUUGUAUCAUCAUUCCAUCAUGAUGAUUGGCACAUGGACUAUUCUGAAAUAUUGGCCGUCACACACACUUAUCUUUAUCGGAUUUCUUAAUUCUCUUGUUCAUGUCUUCAUGUAUACAUAUUAUGGGCUGUCAGCGUUGGGGCCAAAUGUAGCUAAGUACUUGUUUUGGAAAAAACAUAUGACUACGUUUCAACUGGUACAAUUCGUUUGUAUACUUAUUCAGUACGUCGCAACUGAGAAAAACUCCGAAUGUCCGCCAGCGAAGGGCGUCGCAACAUUCGUCGCCUUUGUAAAAGUAAUUGAUAUAGGAAUUGAAGAACAAGAAAUUUUAGAAAAUUUGACCUCAUCAUGUGAAAAACCGUCUGUGAAAAGACUCAAACGCUUAGAUAUAAAUGCUAUAUUAAAUAAUGAAGAAGUGGCAAGAAUGGAAACUGACGCAUGUACAAAACAACAAGAGGAGAAACAAAAGAUGUCUAAAAUAUGGGUAAUUAUUAAAAGGGUAAAAGAAAUUCUGUUCUCUGAAAGCAAAGUAGAAGAAAAGAUUCUCGAUAUUGUUAAGUUAGUAACUGAAGAGUUGAAAAUAAUCUUUAUGAAACUUAUAAUGGAAAAAGGAAUAUUAAAUAAACUUUUAAAUGCAGUUAAUGGAUAA